AUGGCCCACUCUCCGGCUCCGCUCCUCGGCCAAGACUCCUGGCUCCUUCCCCAAGGCUGGGGUUGGGGGGCUGCGCCCCAGCAGCAGCCGCUGCCGUCGGAAGGAGACUGCAGCUGCUCUCCGGCCUCCUCCUCCGACUCCUGGGGCCUCUCCCCCCCUGGACCCCAAGCCCGCUUCCACCCCUCCAGCCACACUCCCAAGCCGCCGGGCACCAGGACUGGCGUCGGGGCCGCGGCCGGCCGGCGGGCGGGCAGGGGCCGCCUGGGCAGCGGGCAGCGGCAGAGCGCCAGCGAGCGGGAGAAGUUGCGGAUGCGCAACCUGUCCCGGGCUCUGCAUGACCUCCGGCGUUACCUGCCGCCUUCUGUGGCUCCCGCCGGCCAGAGCCUGACCAAGAUCGAGACCCUGCGCCUGGCCAUCCGCUACAUUGGCCACCUGUCGGCCCUGCUGGGGCUCAGCGAGGAGAGCCUGAGGCGCCGGAGGAGCGAGGCUGCACCCCGCAGCUGUCCUCUCUGCCCCGAUGGACUGGGCUGCUGUCUCGACUCGACCCACGGCCUCAGCCCGGCCUCCCCGGUCCCCCAGGCCAGCUCUCCCCCGCUCCCCGACGGCUGGGAGUCCCCAUCGUCCUUCCCGGUGCCACCCCAGCUUGAGCGAUGCGGGGGGCAGAUCCUUAAUGCUGAUACCCUGCUCCUAGAAGAACAGGUGGCAGAUCUGGACUCGUCCUCGAUCUUUCCCGGAGACGUACUAUCCUUGCUGGAGACCUGGGUGCCUCUCCUACCACAGGAGUGA